GCCAGGGUGAUUCCUCCGGUCACCAAGGGCUGCUUCCUGCUGCAGCCUACCGUGUGCUCUGGGGCAAACUAUUUAAUAACCUCUGGAUAAAUGAUCAACCACGGGAAUGAUAUCUCCGCCGAUAAAGGAUAAAUGAGAGGAUCUAUACCUCUCUGAUGUCUGUGCACUGAAUAUGAAACUACCACUAGCAGACAGCUAACCUAGCUUCGCAUAAAGACUGGAAACGGGAACACAGCUGGCCUGACUCUCACCAAAGGUUGAUGUUUCCUCACCGGGCGCCCCCAGGGUCGCUUUCAAGCCUGACUGCCGACAGCUCACCACCUCUGUCAGCCUCUUGAGCGAGCCAGUUGAUCGCCUCUAGCUCAACAACACCACGCACAAGGUUCCGCUGCGUCUGCCAGCGGUCCAGCCGAGCAGCCUCUGCGUCGCCCUGAGCCCAGCUGCCUGGGCGGAACUGCAUCACCAUGGACACGGAGUCCACUUACUCGGGCUAUUCCUACUACUCCGGACGCUCCCGGGGAUCCCACAGGCAUGGGGAGAGAAGCCGGGACCGCCACAAGUCCCGCAGUAAAGACACCCGCUCAGAAAAGUCUGUAACAAUUAACACGCCGCCUGCAGAGCCGCUGCUGGGUGACUCUGCUGUUCGGGGUGAGCAGGUCCAGGAUGACAACUGGGGCGAGACCACCACAGCCGUCACAGGCACAUCGGAGCACAGCCUCUCUCAGGAGGACAUCGUCCGCAUCACCAAGGACCUGGAGGACAGCGUGGGGCUCGAUUGCCGCCGCUAUUUCACGCUGACCCUGGCCGUGAUCCUGGGCCUGCUGGUUUUCCUGACGCCGCUGGCCUUCCUGGUGCUCCCCCACCUCCUCUGGCCGGAGAAGCUGCAGAGCUGCGGCACGGCCUGCGAGGGCCUCUUCAUCUCCGUGGCCUUCAAGCUGCUCAUACUGCUGCUGGCCGUCUGGGCACUCUUCUUCAGGCCGCCACGGGCUGGCCUCCCACGGGUCUUUGUGUUCCGGGCACUGCUUGCCGUGCUGGUGCUGCUCUUCGUGGUCUCCUAUUGGCUGUUCUACGGAGUCAGAAUACUUGACUCACAGGACGAGAACUACCAGGGCAUUGUGCAGUACGCCGUGUCACUGGUGGACGCUUUGCUCUUCAUCCACUACCUGGCCAUUGUUCUGCUGGAACUGCGGCAGCUUCAGCCGUGUUUCUCUGUGUGCGUCACGCGCUCCACUGAUGGCGAGAUCAGGCACUACAACCUGGGACAGCUCAGCAUUCAGCGGGCAGCUCUGGCCAUCUUAGAGCACUACUACUGCGACUUCCCAGUCCAUAACCCUGCGCUGCUUUCCGCCUCCAAGUCCCGCGCGGCCAAGCACCUGGCCGGCCUCAAGGUCUACAACGUGGAUGGUGAGUUCCCAGCAGCCCCGGCUGAGGGCCCAGGGAACAAUGCAGCAGCAGGACUGGCCCACUCUCAGUCCAGAGCCAUGAUUGCAGCCGCUGCUCGUCGCAGAGACACCAGCCACAAUGACCUGUACUACGAGGAGGCAGAGCACGAGAGGCGUGUUCGCAAGCGCAAAGCACGACUGGUGGUGGCAGUAGAGGAGGCGUUCACACAUAUCAAGCGCAUGCAGGAGGAGGAGCAGAAGAAGGCCCCAGGGGAUGUGAUGGACCCUCGAGAGGCAGCACAAGCCAUCUUCCCAUCCAUGGCCCGCGCCCUGCAGAAGUACCUGAGGACCACCAAGCAGCAGCACUGCCACAGCAUGGAGAGCAUCCAGCAGCACCUGGCCUUCUGCAUCACCAACAACAUGACGCCAAAGGCGUUCCUGGAGAGCUACCUGACCCCAGGCCCCACCCUGCAGUAUAGCCGGGACCAUUGGCUGGCCCGUCAGUGGACGCUGAUUAGCGAGGCGUCAGUCACCAGCGGCCUGAAAGAUGGCACCAUCUUUCUUCUCAAGUGUGUGGACUUCAGCCUGGUGGUGACGACAAAGAAGAUCCCUUAUAUCCAGAUGUCAGAGGAAUACAUCGACCCCAAGUCACACAAGUUCGUCCUGCGGCUACAGUCCGAAACCUCCGUGUAGGACUCCAAACUUUUUUGUUUUUUUACUCCUCACCCUGUUUUGUUGCUCUCAAAUGUUUUCAUUUUGGGUUUGCAGUUUUUAUUUGUACUUUUUUGGAAUUUUUAUAUAUUAUAUAUGAAUCUAUAUAUUACACUCAUGUUUGAAUAUAUUGAUCUUCUUAUGUUUGAUUUGGAUGAAAUCAAAAGAAAGAAUUGAGCUCUUGGACAUGGUUGUGUGCACAUGCAGUAUGUGUGAGUGAAUGUUUGUGUGUGUGUACGCGCGUGUCAUUUUGUGUGAACACAAUCACUUGUUCCUUUUCCUGUUUGAGAUGCUGGAGCCAAACAAGACGGGAACAGUUGAGGUUCUGAGGAGACUCUGUUGUCUCAGUCGGUCCUUGAUUUCCGUGGGACAGACGGACAGACAGCCAAACCACUAAGGACUACAAUGGUGUGACUUGGAUUUAGACAUUUGAAGCCUCAUGGAAACACAUGACACAUAUCCUCCCUGUGCUGAUGUCUCGUCUACAACAUUUGAAAAUAUCUGGAUGCUCUUUUGGACGUCAACAGAUUCUCAAAAGCAGAAUUAAAUGCAUUCGACAAGAACACUAUAGUCAGACUUUGCAUUCAGUGCACAUUUAUGUGUGUUCAUAAAUGGGAAGAAUAUGCCUGAAUAGAUGGAACACAUGAUUUCAGCCUGCUCUGAAAGGAUUUCCUCCCCUAUACUCUUGUCAUCACGUCUUCAGGGCACCUGCAGAGCUCCGGACAAACACUUUUCUUGACAGUUAAGAUGUCAAACUCUGACCCGCCUCAUGUCCUGCCUUGGGCGUACGUACAGUAGCACCCUGCAGUGCUUAUUCUAUCAGCCAAAGUGGGAUGUUUUGAGCUGUGUUGGUGCACAAUUCAUUUCCAGGUGCAACAGAGCGAAAUCAGAAAUAUUUCCACUCCAGUUGGGAACAACACACUCAUGCCAUGUUAAACAUGGGGUGAACUCCCAAUGAUCCGGAGCAUAAGAGGUGGAUGCAUGCUCAGAAACAUUUGCCCUGCCUCAUCGGUUCAGUAACCUUCUCAGGGCUUUCAUGUCUGCCGUAUCUGCCUGACACUGUGGAAGGGGAAGGCAGCGAGGCGGAGAGACAGAGCCAUGAUGUCACAAAUAAAAAGUACUACUGAUUACUACAUUGCAGAAAAUCUAAACACUGUAAAUUCUCAUUUAAAAGCUGGCGUUCAAGUAAGCUUUGCAUGAGCAGGUAAAGGCUACUGCAACAGCUCACAUGAUAAAUUUAGUACAGUGUUCAUUUCCACAGCACUAAUUCUAUCAGUACAACCGAGUCAUGUCAUGUCUUUUGUUACUGUUUUGUUUGAGAGACCCCUUGCAGCAGAAUCUACAUUUCAUUUUACAUUGUUUUGAGGCAAAGAAGAACAGGUGACGAGACUUCAUACUGAUAUUAGUGCAGUGGAUAUGGACGUUUUACUCAAUUGAUCAAGACACCAGGAUAGAUGUGUCUUUCUGCCACUAUUUGAGAAUUUAUGGUAUAUAAAUUAUAAUUUAAUCUCCCAGGGCUCACAGGGUUUGCUUGUGUAACUAGAAUACACAAGAGAUGAUGAAGAACCAACAGAGUUUGUAUCGACAGUGAGAGCUGCAGCAGGGCGGAACCUCCCUCUUGACUGGACCGUCUGGUUUUCCUUUUCUACCUUGUCCCACCUCUGUUGUCUGACAAACAUGCUCACAGUGAAUCCCUCGAGGUCAGAAGGGAUCUUUUCUAAUUAAUUCUGUCACCUGAUGAAUCAUGAAUCUCGUGAAGCCAGAAAAUUACAGUUAAAUGAAGCUAAUGGCACUAAAAUGACACUGUUAGAUCACACUCGGUGUAUUCACCAAAGUGGUUAAAGAGUCACACUGAGCUCAUGUGUAACUCACUCAAAAAGAGAAAUAUGUCAUACUGAGAAUAUCCUCUAUGAGCAGGGUUGUCCCCUGCUGCCCCCUGGCUGGUAAACCUGAUACUGUCGGUUUGUCUACCUGAGGGCAGCAGCAACAUGUUUCAUAUAAAACAUUUUUCAUUUUUGCUGUAAACUAACUGUUCAACAACCCGGGAAGAAAAAAACACUCCUGCUGUUUCCUGCAAACGGCAGACAUUUUUUUUUAGAACAGCUGCCACUGGUCACAAUUUGUACCUACUGACAGAUAAACUUUGUAUGAUCCCAAUGUGACUGUGCCUCCUGUUUUUACACUGUAUCUAUUUAUGUAAACAAGCAUGUGUGUAUGUAUGUGUGUAUGUAUGCCAUUCCAGUUCACAUUAUCAGCCCCCCCCCCCAACAUCACCACCAUCUGUCAUGCUGUUGCCAGGUUACACUCCUCUGUCAUGGUUAGGUUUUGGUUGGACAGCUCUAUGACGACGUGACAUUGCAAUGUAAGACAUGUUUCAGUUUCACAGCAUUAGUAUUCGUAAAAAAAUAAACAUUUUUAUGAACAUUUGUAAAA